AUAGGAGAAAUCACUAUUAUUUUUUUUUUUUUUGAAUAUGGAGAAAUCACUAUUCAGUACCGAACAUACCCCAAGUUUUUCCCAAAACCCAUUCGGCUUUGGCUCUUGCAGAAAUUAGGGCAUGGACGGACAUGGCCGAAACGCCGAUCUUCUUCACGGUGGUCGUCGUCGUCGUCGUGGGCCCACAAUCAGGGUCAAUGUCUUGGAUGCCGAUGAACGGCUUUGCCUCCUUGUUCCCGCUCAUACCACUUUUGGGGAGCUGAAAAUGCAUAUUGACCAAGAAACUCUGUUGGAGCCUGAUAGACAAAGAUUGUUGUUCGAAGAAAUGGAGAGAGACGAUCAGGAGUAUUUGGACAUGGUGGGUGUGAAUGAUAAUGCAAACGUUUUUCUCGUGGAAAAAAAGAAAAAGAGAACGUUUGAAGAGGGUGAGGGCAGUAGAUUAUCUAGCGCUGCUGAAGUCAGAUCAGAGAAAGAGCUGGGAUCCGUGGAAGUCCCAGUCGAAGAUCCGCUUGAGAAGGAGAACAGGCUUAAGGCGUUGACAUCUUGUGCAGCCGUUGCUAAAGUCAGAGCAGAGGAUGAUAAGCUUUCAGAACAGUCGGGAUCCGUGGAAGUCCCAGUCGAAGAACCGCUUGAGAAGGAGAACAGGCUUAAGGAGUUUACAUCUUGUGCAGCCGUUGCUAAAGUCAGAGCAGAGGAUGAUAAGCUUUCAGAACAGGUGGCUGCACUGAAAGGAGUUGUGAAUGGUGGGACCCAGGCUGGAGAGAAGGAAAUCUCGAAGCUAACUGAGUUACUAACGGGGCAGCUGCUGAAAUUGGAUGGCAUUAAGGAUGUAGGAGAAGGGAAAGAGCAGCAAAAGCUUGAGGUGGUCCGUAUACACAGCAUUUUGAAUACACUGGACUCUCUAAAGGGAAUGAACUCGAAUCCAUUGGGCAAUGACAGCAGGAAUGUGUGAGUGGCCCUCCACCCUUUGCAUCAUCUACUGCAGUGAGUCAAGAUUGGGAACACUUCAAUUAGCUACUGUAUGAAGCAACAGUGUUUACUUCUACAUUAUGAUUGAAGCAACAGUGUUUACUUUUGUCCACCCUCUGUCCAAUUUUAGUUCAGAUUGUUCUUUUUUACUACAAAUGUCAUUAGUGCAAGGGCAAAGAUGAUUGAAGCAACAGUGUUUACUUCCACAUUAUGAUUCCCUAUUGAGUACUCGAAUUUCUAAAGUGACCUUCCCUUUUGGUACGGGUUAAUCAGUUAAUAGCAGCAGCAGAAACUUGGCUUUAACUUU